CGGAAGAGACGUGGCAGUGGAGGGAUAAUCGGAGGGUUCUGAGCUGGAGGGAGCCGAGCGAGAACUCGGCUGAGUGCUGUCUGACCUUCCGCACCUCGGACCGGCGCUCGCGCCCUGGGGACGAGUGCCGCAGCCGAUUCGUAACACACAGUGGGGGUCGACUAUGGGGCUUUGCAAGUGCCCCAAGAGGAAGGUGACCAACCUAUUCUGCUUCGAACACCGGGUCAACGUCUGCGAGCACUGCCUGGUAGCCAAUCACGCCAAGUGCAUCGUCCAGUCCUACCUGCAGUGGCUCCAAGAUAGCGAUUACAACCCCAAUUGCCGCCUCUGCAACAUACCCCUGGCCUCCCGGGAGACGACCCGCCUGGUCUGUUAUGAUCUCUUCCACUGGGCCUGCCUCAAUGAACGUGCUGCCCAGCUACCCCAAAACACAGCACCUGCUGGCUACCAGUGCCCCAGCUGCAGUGGCCCCAUCUUCCCUCCAACCAACCUGGCCGGCCCCGUGGCCUCCGCACUGAGAGAGAAACUGGCCACAGUCAACUGGGCCCGGGCAGGACUGGGUCUUCCUCUGAUUGACGAGGUGGUGAGCCCAGAGCCUGAGCCCCUCAACACUUCCGACUUCUCUGACUGGUCCAGCUUUAAUGCCAGUGGUAGCCCCAAACAAGAGGAGACAGCCAGCGCUUCUGCUGCCCCAGCCUUCUACAGCCAAGUCCCCCGGCCCCCUGCGUCCCCGAGCCGACCCGAGCAGCACAUGGUGAUCCACAUGGGCAGUCCCGAGCCUCUGACUCACGCCUCAGCCCCAAGGAAGGUGUAUGACACGCGGGAUGAUGACCGAGCGCCAGGCCUCCAUGGGGAUUGUGAUGAUGACAAGUACCGUCGCCGGCCUGCCCUGGGCUGGCUGGCCCAGCUGCUCAGGAGCCGGGCUGGGUCUCGUAAGCGGCCGCUGACCCUGCUCCAGCGGGCAGGGCUGCUGCUGCUCCUGGGGCUGCUGGGCUUCCUGGCCCUCCUUGCGCUCAUGUCUCGCCUGGGCCGGGCUGCGGCUGACAGCGAUCCCAACCUGGACCCGCUCAUGAACCCUCACAUCCGUGUGGGUCCCUCCUGAGCCCCUGCUUAUGGCUGGGCCAGCCUAGGAGCUGGGGGCCUGAGGGUGGGUAGAGGGGGAGGUCCAGGGGCCCUUCUCUGCUCCUCUUCCUCAAGCCUGAGACACUAAGAUCCCAGGCCCAAAGCCAAGUCCACCAGAGUGGCUGCAGGCUAGGCCUGGGGUUCCUGCAGAUCAAACAUUUGUCUUGACCUUCUCCUCCUGGGUCUCCAGCUUUCCCCCUCCCUCCCCCAAAGGAGCUGACAGGUGGAAAUAAAUUACAGACUUUAUUAAAACA